AAAGCCACUGCGCGUCGAGAUAUAGCUGCGCCUACGCAAUCCGCUUUUGUUUACGUUCGAAAUUCGAAAAUAAAGUCAGUCUCGUUCGAGCGCUCGACGCGUUCAGACGCGUUUAUUACAUACAUACAUAUAUUUUGAUACACGUUUUUACUUAUUCAUAGACUGUUUACUACGCAAUUAAGUGUUCGUUAAGUGUAAUAAAAUGAUUGAACCGAUGAGUGCAGCAGCUGUGGACGAGCUCGAAUCGUGGGUGGAACUGAACUGUGGCGGGAUUCUGAGCGGCGCGGAGAAUGAAUACAUACGACUCCUGCGAGAGGCGCAGAGAGAGAGUGGCGAUUCCUCCGUGCGGCACUCGAGAGCCUCCAGCAUGAAGGGCAGCCCAAAAUCCCCGCCAAAUAGCCCGAAUCUAGAACCGUCCACGGAGGAUGAACUGAGAGGCGUCUAUAUCAACUGUUGGAAGGAUGACUCAAACGAUUGGGUCUGGGAAUGGAGCAGUCGGCCUGACCAGCAACCUCCUAAGGACUGGCGUUUCAAACACCCCCAGAGCGCGCGAGGUCCACCCUCCGCGACCUCCUCGAUUGAGGUUCUAGAACAACUAGCUCCGGCCAUGCAACAGAGCCACUGCCUGUCUGUCCGUCGCACUUGCCUGUUCAGUCGUGGCGCCAUCGCCGCUGUUCUUGUCACUAACAUCGUGUCUCUGCUGCUCGGAGCGGGCAUCGGUGUAUGGCUGAGCAAGAAGGGGAUGCUUCCGCCUAGACUCAUCAUUCUGAACUAGAUUCUAAGACUGAAAUAUGAUGACUUCCUUAUUGUUUCUGCUCGCCUAGUAACCUCAGUAGUUUCUGUGAAAAUUUUGAGCGUACGUAUUUUGCUUAUAUGCAAAUAUUAACAAUAUUUUGUUUCUUUAAGAGAUUUUUUUAAUUACAAAAGAAGCUUCUGGACCACGGAGUUCGUAUGUUCGUUUUUCUUUAAAAAGAAUAUUUAAUUAAUUUUCAUUUCAGUUGACAGAUAUAACAGAUAAUAUUUUAUUAGUGAAAAAGAAAGUGACAGAUUAUAGAUCUUUUUUUUAAAGAAAUUUGAAAAAAGUUUUUAGUUUUUCCGUUUAUUUUAUUUUUUUUAUUCUUAUUUGUAUAGGAAUAAAGUUGACGCAUUUCGAAGUGAUCUAAAGAAUGUAGGUUACAUCAAAAGUGGUGUAGCAUUUUAGUUUAAGGAAACGAAUAUUCCAAUUUUUGGACCAGAAUGGAUACAAAUA